CGCGAGGCAACCGCAUCGCCACCCGCGCUCGCUCUCGCCCGCGUAAACACGCCACGAUACACGCGCAAACGAUCCCAUGACACGUUCACGUGCUGUGCCAAAUAUUGUGUCCUGUUAACUUAGUGCCCGUUGUUUGAGUGAAGUGACCCACGCUGUGCGAUUCCAGUAAGCAUUGUAAACGUAUUUACUCGACCGACACCGUCGCAGCCCAUCUGUUCAAAUACGGCUGAUUUGUUUAAGUUUACUAUUGAUGGAUUGGAAAGAGGUUCAACGACAUCGUACUUAGUGUUUGAUGUGCUGAGGAAUUCGUUUCACGUAUUUCGAAAACAAAUAGAAGUUUAGAAAACAAUGGUUAUAUGAGAGGGUCUCGAGUGGCAUUGCUUGCUUAGGUGCUCGUUGUGACAGGUGGACCGGUGUUCUUAUUGUCUGUCAAAUAAGAAUAUUCAUUGGAAAACGAAGAUUUGCAUCCUGUGAUAGUUAUGGCGUAAUAAGGCGACACAACAUGAGAGGGAGUGCCCAGGAGGGAAAGUGGAGCGACCAGUAGAGAUGCGCUCCAAGCAGCAACCGCGCCCGUCCUACCGUUGGCUCAACACGAACGAAAACGAAGAAGCCAACAGUCCAGAAAGCGGAGUGAAGGAGCGAAGUGAUAGGGGGGAGAGGCAGGAGGGCGGAGAAGGCGAAGCAUCAGGCUCCGCGUCUCCUGCAUCCCGCACCUCCCCCGCACCUGACGAACGAGACGACAUUGAGCACAGUAUACCAGCUACCCUGAUCCAGGAUCCCAAUGCUGAAAGGGAGAGCCCGAGAUGUCUGUCGCGGGAGUCGUCGGGUGCACCGCGCUGUCCCUCGAAUGAUUCGGUGUACUCGAGCCGCAGCGGGGCGGGCCUGCCACUGCCCGCGGCGCUGACGGCCGCCCUGCCCGCUGCUCUGCUGCCCCCGCACUCGGCCGCUGUAGCUGCCUACCUCGGCGCCGCAGCCGCUGCCGCAGCCCAGCAACGUCUCCUCAUGUCCUGCCAGGAGGACAUAACUGAUUCUGAACGAGGUGAUGCUGUUCUUGACUUCAGCACAAAACGUAGCGAAUCACCGCACGACGACGAUGACAAUGAUGAUGCGGUCAAUCUUACUAAAAAUGAAAACGGUCCCUUGGAUUUAUCUGUUGGGACGAGAAAACGUGGCCCAGAGGACUCGCCGUCGCCAGUCCCAUCUAGAAAAAGUUCUAGACCGUCAGAGUUUAAACACUCUCCUUCCCCUUGGUCGACUCCAGUAGCACCGCACCUACCUUAUUUCGCAGCUGCAGUCGCUGCUGCUAGUUUAUCUCCCAAGGGAGGUGUUCCAUCAGAUUGGAAUGGCAAAUUAAAACAUGGCGGUCCUACUCCUAGCGAUGCUACAAAAGCACUGGAAAAGAUGAGCGAACUGAGCAGGCUAGGUGGUGAAGAAUUAUUCCGAUCAGUACAAAGUGCCGCUCUAGGCGCUGGUCUUGCUCCUAAUGCAGCCGCACGGCACUCCGCAUGGCAAUCUCACUGGCUCAACAAAGGCGCGGACCAAACUAAAGACGUUCUAAAAUGUGUAUGGUGUAAGAAGAGCUUCAACUCGCUUGCAGAUCUAACAGUGCACAUGAAAGAAGCAAAGCACUGCGGGGUUAAUGUACCCGUCCCUCCUUCAUCGGGAGCACCAAUUCCACCAUCUUUGCAACCACCUUCCAGUUCACCUUCCACACCAUCACAUAAUUCAUCCUCUUCGAGCGGUUCAUCAAAACCGAGCCAAAACGAUUUGAACAUGCUCAUAAAGGAGAAUAUGCCAAUUCCUAGAAAACUUGUCCGCGGACAAGACGUAUGGUUAGGCAAGGGUGCCGAACAAACGAGACAAAUAUUGAAAUGUAUGUGGUGCGCUGAGAGUUUCCGUUCACUUGCUGAAAUGACCAGCCACAUGCAGCGAACUCAGCACUAUACUAAUAUCAUAUCGCAGGAACAAAUAAUUUCGUGGAAAUCAUCAGAUGACUCUAGCAAAGGAGGAUCCAACUCGAGCGCCCCGGGUGCUAACAAUGCUGCCCCACCCACCACGGGUGCCAGUAGUCAUGUUAGUGCUGUUUUAACUUGUAAAGUCUGCGACCAAGCAUUUAGUUCCUUGAAAGAAUUGAGUAACCACAUGGUAAAAAAUUCACACUACAAAGAGCACAUUAUGAGGUCUAUAACAGAAAGCGGAGGUAGAAGACGUCAGACACGUGAAAAACGAAAGAAGUCAUUACCAGUAAGAAAACUCCUUGAAUUGGAGAGAGCACAACAUGAGUUCAAAAACGGGGAAGGCAAUGGUGUGCCUAUGGGUAAACCAAUCAGAGACUUUGGUACUGGCAGCCGUAUCACCUGUGAGAAAUGUGGUGACAAAAUAGAGACUGCUGUGUUCGUCGAGCACAUACGACAAUGUAUUGGUGCGCCGAUGUCAAAUAGCCAAAGGAACUUUUUAAAGAGCGCCCUACUAUCUAACAAUAUUAUCCCACCAGAUGUGCCCGGCCACAUCACCCCCACUAGCCGGGAUGGCCGCAAGAGCAUUAACGAGGAGCUAUCUUCCCCUGGCUCCGCGCACCAUCGCUCUCCAUCCUCCGUGAACGAUUCCUCCCCGAGUUCCAAAGAUCCCAACGCGAGCAAUGAAAAGAGUUCGUCACCUUCGGUUCUCAAUGCCAUAGAACAAUUGAUAGAAAAGAGUUUCGACACCCGAUCGCGGCACACUGUACCUGGUAUGCCUGGCGGCGCUUCCCAUGCACCUAUCGGGUCUAGUAUCCUAAAACGAUUAGGCAUAGAUGAGAGUGUAGACUAUACCAAACCACUGGUAGAUCCUCAGACUAUGAAUAUGUUAAGAAAUUACCAUCACCAGCAAGGAUACGGGCGCCGCGAGCGUAGCGGGAGCGAAUCGAGCUCCAUGUCCGAGAGAGGUGGUAGUAGAGUAGAAUCAUUGACUCCCGAUAGAAAGCUAGAUACGUAUCACAUGACUCCUCGCACGACUCCUGACACGCGCGGUUCUCAAACUCCAGCCUCUGAGGACCGUCCGACUGAAGUAAGGAUAAAGAGGGAAGUCGAGGAGGAAGACCGUGAGAAUGGUGUAGACUUGAGCAGUCAGCCAGUGCGAGUGAAGACUGAAGUAGAUGAGGACGAGGAGCCACCACGACCAAGCAGCACUGCCGAUGAAGACGUCAAGCCUGUGGUGGCUAAGCGUGAGAGUGAAGGACCCAGCCCUGCUGCUAGUCCACGCAGUCCUUCCAGUGAUCGCUCUGGUAAUACUCCUGGCGCUGAACGUAAGCCCGCUUCUAGCCUGGGAGCUUUGUCUUCCAUGUUCGACAACUUAGCUGGAGGUGGUUCUUCUGGUGAACCAAGCUCGUCGCGUCGUGGCGGUAGCCACCCAUUGGCGGCGCUACAAAAACUUUGCGACAAAACAGAGUCCAAUCCCUCACGUGCACCAGCUCCCGCGCCCUCUCCAGCUGGCCCACCAAGUAUCCUCACCUUCAGCUGGGCAUGCAAUGACGCGGUCGUCACCGACUCCAUCAUGAAGUGCGCUCUAUGUGAUACACCCUUUAUUUCGAAGGGCGCAUAUCGACACCAUCUGUCGAAGAUGCACUUCGUGAAAGAUGGUGCGUUGCCCGAACCAGUCCCACUGAAGGCACCGACCGGGGCAGCGUCUCCGGGCACACACAAGAGUGGCUCCAACGCCGCCUCGCCCCAGGACCCGCGAAGCCCCUCGCAGUCGUUCGACGAGAGCCCUCACUCCAAGUUCCUGAAGUACACGGAACUAGCCAAGCAGCUCUCCAGUAAGUACGUGUAGGCUGGAGCGGCAGCCGGCAGUUGUGAUGAUACCAUAUCUUGCUACGUUAAACCUUGCUAGGGUUAGGUCGCAGCGGCGACGCUAAGUAUUUCGAAACUCUUUGCCAAUUUAAUUAUUUAGGUAAUUAUUGUUAGAUUUCACCGCAUAGAUCGGUUAGUGUAAUAAAUUAAUAGCGACUUAAGUAUACGCCAAACGUCUUACGUUCGUUUUAGGUAUUAAGAGAAUAUUUUCAAAAUAUUGCCUUUAGGUGAUCGGUUGUUGUAAGGGCGCCAGGGCCCGUGGCUUAUCUUCCACACUACGUUAUAAUUCCAUUUCGAUAAAUGUAAAUAUAAGUCACAUUAAGUCAAGUAAAAUACGAUUCGAUCUCUUUUUGUAAAUGUAUAUUUUUUGCUAAUUAAUUCUUUGAAAAGGUAAAUCGUGGAAAUUGAUAUUCGUUUAUCGCAAUUCGCCUUCCGCAUGUGAUUCGUCUAUCGUAUUAGUCGCGUAGUGGCGUUGACUUCAGUAUUUUUACAGAAAAUUCGUUGCAAUAUCAUUUUUUUUUCGUGUUACUUAAUUUUUUAUGUAAAUCAGAGUUAGGGUUAACGUGGUUAGUUUAUGUAUAUUUUGAUGACUUUCUUGUUUUAUUUUGUGAAUUUAAGAGAUCCGUCGAUGCGUAUAAUCUCGGAGAUUCAAUCUCAUUCGUUUCUGUUCGUAUUGUACAUACAAUUCGACAUAGAAUGCAAUAUAACAAUCUCCUUAGUGUAAAUUUUGCUAUAGGUAUGCUCUCCAUGCGAGGAUGCUAUUUAUUAUUUAGUGAUAAGUACAUAAUGUUAGGUAAACUACAUCUGUGAACAAUUGUAUACCAUUAUACCAGCGCAUUAAUCGGUUGAGUGAUCAACCUAUAUUUAAAAGUGAUACAUAUACAUUUUUUUUCGUUGAAAGGAAUGAUAACAUUCGUAUACGUUUAGAACAUAAAGAUAUACCUGAUAUAUCUUCCAAUUUGUAACGACAGAUAUACGAUGAUGUAUAUACGGCAAUUGAGAGUGAAGAACCUCUUUUAUAUUUAAUAAAAAUAUUGUAAACUGUCUAAUGUAAGUUUCAAACGAUAUCAAGAAUAAAACUUUGAUUGUGAACUGAAUAUUCGUGACGUUAGAGUUCCAUUUACCCUAUCGACGUAUACGACCUUUCUAAUGGAAUAUACAGUUUUAAAAUUUUGUUUUCGAAUUUUAUUUUUUGAUGUUUUAAAGUAUUAUAUUUUGUUUUAAAGUUACGAAUAUUCAGCGAAUGAUGUUUAAAAUCGAUAAAAAUUUGAAAUCGUAAAAAAUUCUAUCAUUUUAACGAUAAUAAUGAAACAUACGACAAAUAUUAUGUAUACGCUAGCUCUGAUGAGAGAUUUUUGCUCAUUCUUAAGAAAAAAAAGUAAAAAAAUGGUGUUGAAAUAUUGAUUUUACCAAAUUUAAUAAUCUUAU